AUGGAUGUGGUGUCGCCAGAUCUCAACAGCCUCCUUCCUGAUGAGAUCAUGGAUACUGAGGCCAUAGAGGACAUCCCUCACGCCCAACCUGACAGCACCUCAGUCCAGUCAGAGCCCAACGAUGACACCCCGGUCCCGAUGGAAACGGAUACACCCGCGGCUUCAGAAAAUUUGAGCCUCUGUUCAAAUGUCACUUCAACAGAACACACUCAGGCUCUCACCACGUCCGCCGCCACAGACACCAUACUCGGCGUCAGUUCCGGAAGUCAGCUUCCGAUGUCAAUUUCCACUACGUCGUCAUCCCUUCUUACCCUCAAACCAGGCAUGGCUACUUCCAUAGCCGCUACCAAAACUACAGAUAGUUUGACUGGGACUAGUAUCUCUACAGGUGGAUUACAGAAGUUAACGGCUCCGUUUACCAUCUCUGCUGCAAACCACCAGAUCAUUCUCAACAAGGUGGCCUCGUCUCAAGCCACAGAAGCAGCAAAGUCGGCAGGUACUCAACCGCAGGUCAUCAAGCAGGAAGGACAAAAACUUUUGGUUACAGCAAUAGGAAAGUCGGGGCAACCUAUAGUGCUGCAGUUACCCCACACAGGCAGCAAGCCUGGCAUUUCACAGAUGUCAGGAGACCCCAAAUCUCAAGCUCCACAGUUUAAAGUGUUGACUAUUGGUGGGAGGUCGGAGCUGAAGCCAGUGAUGGGGAGUGCUGGCAACCAGAUGACCACAUUACAGGCCCAGCAGCUGAAGACCUUACAGAUUGCUAAGAAAACACCGACAUCCUCCGCUGCGCCGAUAAAGUUUAUCAUCACAAAAACUGUUAACAGCAAAGGUCUAAGUCCUCAGACAACAGUAUCUCCUGUUAUUGCGGGACGGGCCCUCACACAGAAUUCCCCAGUGAUGCCCCCGAGGACGAUCACUCUGUCUGAGUCCCUCAACACUAGUAUACAAAGCAUCUCCGGCAAAAAGAUUGCUAUCUCACCCCUUAAGACUCCCAGCAAGGUGACGGUGGUAUCUGUGGCUUCCCCGACCUCCAACGCCACUCAGAAGUCAGUGGCGCUGCCUGUGAAUGUAGCACUCGGCCAGCAGAUCCUCACAGUCCAGCAGUCCACAUCUGCAUCUCCAGUCAAGGUGGCCACCAGCCAAAACACAACACAGAACAUCAAACAAGUGCAGUCUGUGGCCGUGGGCGGAGUCGGCGGCUCUCAGUUCAAGACCAUCAUCCCACUGACCAGCCAGCCGAAUGUGCAGCAGAUUCAGGUCCCGGGGAGCAGGUUUCACUACGUCCGCCUCGUCACGGCAACCACAGCGAGCACCGUGGGACAGCCCAGUGGUCCCAGCACCAGCUCUUUACAGACAGCUAAACCUAUGGUGGUCAGUACAGGAGCAGUCAGGAUGUCUGUCCCGAUCGUCCCAGCACAGACCAUCAAACAGAUGGCACCUAAACCCUUAACAUCAGCAGCCGUAGUAACCACCACUCAGACCCAGCAACGCCUCAUCAUGCCUGCCACUCCACUGCCCCAGAUCCAGCCCAACUUCACCAACCUCCCUCCCGGCACCGUGCUGGCCCCAGCUCCAGGAGGCGGGAACGUCGGCUAUGCAGUCGUGCCAGCACAAUAUGUCACACAGCUCCAGCAGGCCCCAUUUGUGACCCUCGCCAGCAGCUCUGGUUACCCCGCGUCCACUGCUAUCCAGACUCAGGCCAGAUUGCCACUCAAUGGCUUGUCAACAGCAGAAUCGACCUCAAGACCGAGGAAACCAUGCAACUGCACCAAGUCACAGUGUCUCAAGCUAUACUGUGACUGCUUUGCAAAUGGAGAGUUCUGCAAUAAUUGUAACUGCAAUAACUGCUUCAAUAACUUGGAACAUGAAACGGAACGUCAAAAAGCUAUAAAGACGUGUCUGGAGCGCAACCCAGAGGCCUUCAAACCUAAAAUUGGUAAAGGCAAAGAAGGAGAGUCAGACCGUCGACACAGCAAAGGCUGCAACUGCAAACGAUCCGGCUGCCUGAAGAACUACUGCGAGUGUUACGAGGCGAAGAUCAUGUGCUCGUCCAUUUGUAAGUGCGUUGGCUGCAAGAACUUUGAGGAGAGCCCGGAGAGGAAGACUCUGAUGCACUUGGCUGAUGCCGCAGAAGUCCGGGUACAGCAGCAGACCGCCGCUAAGACCAAGCUGUCGUCGCAGAUCUCAGACCUGCUCAUGCGGACGACGCCUGUUAUUUCAAGUGGAGGGGGGAGGAUGCCAUAUACGUUUGUAACAAAGGAGGUGCUCGAAGCGACGUGCGAGUGUCUACUGGAACAGGCCAAAAAGGCAGAACAGCCUCAGGUGGAAGCGGAGAGGAUGAUCCUGGAGGAGUUUGGACAUUGCCUCAUGAGGAUAAUCAGCUCGGCGGGGAAAGCCAAAGCAGACUGUGCCUCCAUCAACUGCUAGGCCGAGCACUCUGGCUCUCUCCGCCCUCUUAACCCGAGCCCAGCUGUGGGGGGGCCGAGAGGCAGGGAUUACUAUGCACUCCCUGUCUCAGACCCCCCGCGUGGGGUUGUCUCCCUCAUCAAGAAGGCCAAACAAUGGCCUGAAAGUAGAUUCCCCUGCAUUGGGCGAGCUAAGGCCAGCUGGAAUAAUAAACAUGGAACAGUUGUUCGCAAACUGAAGGACAAAUGGACAGAGCACCCCGCCUCUGAUGGACUUUCAAAGCUGUUCUCACACUUUGUUCACCUGGCUGUCAUGGACAGAAAUGACUCUGAGCAAGGCGGUGCUGAACAGGGAUUUAAACGUUUCUUCACUUUAUUUUCCCUACAGGGCCCUUUUGUUCUAUUUUCUUUUAUUCUUUCCCCUUUUUUUUUCUUUUUUUUGUUGAGGAUUUUGGAAAAGAAAUGCCUGUAAUUUUGAUGUAUUAAUUUGUGCUUACAGUAGACAAACAGAACAUGUAUCUUUUGAUAUUUAUUUUGACAAGUAUUUGUAAUCAUUGUGAGCGCUAAUAUUGUGUGGCUUAUAGUGCCGCAAACUAUUAAUUCUUAACUAAGGCUAGGCUAAAUUGUUUCAAUAAAAAAUGAGUAGGGGCGCUCCUUAGGUUUAUCCCUAAAGGUAAUUGUAAGAUGAAUGCACACACAUAAUUAAUUAUGCGCACACACACACCCACUCACAGAGCUUUGCUCAGAAUAGUUGGAACAUGGCUAGAUUGGUGGUUUGUUUUCUGUGUUAUCAGUUACAGUGUUUACUGUACAUUAAAACCACCAUGAACAAUGGA